AUGAGUGGAAAGAGUGCGACUGUGGAUAAGCCUAUUCCGGUUGCUUACGAUUUGGGAAACCUUGCAGUCUUUGAUUCCAAUCCUUUGGAGUCCAACAAAUUGUCAGAUGCUUCGCAAGUGAAUGAGUACCUGGAACAGGUUACGAGAGAUAACACACAGCUUUUAAUUAACCAAAUUUUAUCACAACCAGUCCGAAAUACUACGGAUUCUGUAUCUGAAGGACAGGAGGCUUCUAUAGCGCUAAUUACGUUGCCUGAUCCAUCAACACCCUUGCCAAGAGAAAAGUCAGUACCAAAACCUAGAGAAAUGACCAGAUGGGAGAAGUUUGCUGCUAAGAAGGGAAUUCAAGCCAAGGGCAAGACUGGAAAGAUGAUUUACGAUGAAGAAAGUGGUGAAUGGGUUCCAAAAUGGGGAUACAAGGGUAAUAAUAAGCAACUGGACAACCAAUGGUUGGUAGAGAUGAACGAGAAAACUGAAGAGAAGGAUAAGGAUACUCUGAUAGACCCAAGAACUCUGGCAAGAGCAGAAAGAAAGAAGCUUGUGAAGAAGUAUGAAUUGCAACAGAAGAAGAACCUCAAAGCUCAAGGAAAGGGCAAAUAG